AUGGGGCUGUUGUCAAUUUAUUUCAAACCCAAUUUUUUGGGUUUGUUAAAAUGUUUAAACAAAUUAAAUUGGUUCAUUGUGUUCUUUAGUUUAAUUAAUUUGUCGGUAUGCAUUUACGAAGACCAGAUCGGAAAAUUCGACUGGCGUCAAACAUACGUGGGAAGGAUCAAAUUUUCCCAAUUUGAUACAGUAUCCACGGCUAAGAAGAUAAUAGUCGCUACCGAGGAAAAUGUUUUGGCAGCACUGAAUUUAAAAACUGGACAAGUGGUAUGGCGUCAUGUGUUCGAGAGUGCCUCUACAGGCAACAUCCAGCUCCUGCAGAUUACAGAGAAGGUGGUCACAGUCUCCGGAUCCAACCCUUACUUGGUACGAGGAUGGAACUCUGCUACAGGCGUCCUCCAAUUUGAAUGGUCUUUAACUCUUCAAAAUGAUGAGCAAGCGGACUUCUCAGAGUGGUGGGUGCAGAAUGACAUGUUGGUUCAUAUGCUGCCAGUGUUUGGAUCACAUAUUGAAGUCACCAUGUAUAACCUAGCCACUGGACAAAACAGGGGAUCUACCACCAAGUUACCUGCUGUAUGGGCUAAUGAUGGAUGCAUAGUAACAGCGCCAUACUACACAUGUAUACACGGCCCAAUGGGUAAUCAGCAGCUGUUCUCUUUGGACGUCACUUCAAACACAAUGCAUCUUAUAAGCCAGCCACUGUCGGAAUACGUUACUUUGUCCUCUUACGAUGGUAACCUGCGACCCCUUGAUGGCAACGGUAUAAUACCAGCGUUCACAGUAGAUGAUAGGAAGAUUAUUGUAAUAAAGAACAGUCGGUUUGAGUUGUUGAAGACUGAUGUGGUGGAUCCGUCGGCUAGCGUGGCGAUUGUAGACAUCGCGAAUGGUCCCGUUGUUCUACAGACUUGGAUUGAUGAUACACAGGGCUUCUCAAUGCGAGCUAACAGCGUGUCAACGGGCGCUGAAGUGGCCGAGCUGCGCACGUCGGACCGCGAGCUGAGGCUGCCCGAGCCUGAGGUGUCGUCCGCCGUCUGCACCAAGUCUGCGCGGGAACAACUCGUCUGCAGGAUACUACUCACUGGAGGAGACGACUCCGUACAUCUAAUGCAACAAGGAGGUCGCAUACUGUGGUCUCGGGAGGAAGCUUUAGCGAACGUGGUGGCUGCCGAGUUCGUGGAGUUACCAGUAUCAGACUUAGAUGCUGCUAUUGAGUCGGAAUUCGAUCAGAAAGAAGCUGCCAAGAUGUAUAGUUCGAUAUGGGCGGCGUUCUCCCGUCGCCUUCAGACGCAGUUCCAACAACUACAGACACUGGUACACAGCAUACAGAGCGGCGAGGUACUGGAGGACGACCCUCCCUCCGCGCUAGUGAGGGACUACUUCGGUCUACACAAGAUUAUUGUACUCGUCACUGAAGUUGGCAAGAUCUUCGGCAUGGACAACCUGUCGGGCUCGAUCCUGUGGCAGCACUACGAGGCCCAGCUGGACACGGAGCACGUCCUGCUGUACACGCGCCGCGCCGCGCGACACCCGCCGCACGACGCGUACCUCACGGUCGUCGGGAAACACCAGGAGACAGGCAACGGCCUAAUCAUCAGCCUGAACCCUAUCACCGGGUCCCUCAUAGGGGAGCGAGUUCUGCAACUAGACGUCCAACUCCUACAGGUCGCUAUACUACACCGAGCUGAUAAUGAGAAGCUGCACGCUCUCAUACUGCUUGAUAAGGAUGAAAAUGUUCAGAUUCUACCUCAGUCGGCGGCGCCGUUGGUGGAGAACAUGUUCAUGUACGUGGCGGAGAGGAACACCGCGCGAGUGCAGGGAUACGCACUCAUAUACAAUGGACAGACCGUAGAAGCACUCCGUACGUGGUUAGUACAACUGGGCGGGUCAGCGGACGCGGGGCACCGCAUAGUGGCGGUGGCGGGCAAGGCGGCCGGGGAGCGGGUUCACUCCCCGGGCCGGGUACUGGCCGACCGCUCCGUACUCUACAAGUACGUUAACCCCAACCUCGUGCUCUUCCUCACCGAGGGACCAGACCCACUGCACAAAGAUGUAGUAGUAGCGACGUGCGUGGACGCGGCGUCCGGCGCCAUCGUGGCCGCGCAGGCACACCGCCGCGCGCGCGCCCUGCCAUACGUACUGCAUACUGAGCACUACCUCGCGUACCUCUACUACAACGACAAACAGCGGAGGAAUGAGAUCGCGACCCUGGAGCUGUACGAGGGCAAGCAGCGCUGGUCGGGCGCGGGCGCGGCCUUCACGUCGCUGUGGGCGGAGCGCGCGCCCGGCGUCGAGCGCCUCGCGUACAUCCUGCCCGCCGCGCCCGCCGCCGCCGCCACCACCGCCACCGAGCGCUCGCUCACUGACAAACACGUGCUGCUGGCGUUAACCUCAGGCGCAAUAAUCGAAGUACCGUGGGCGUACUUAGAGGGAAGACGCGGAGGCGGCGAAGAGGGCGCCAUGUUACCGGCGCCGGCGCCCGAGAUCAUGUUGGCGCCCGAAGCUCGACUCAACUACAACCGCACGUUGGCGCGGCCGAGACAACUCUACACUGCGCCCGCCGGACUUGAAUCUACUAGUCUUGUGCUGGCCACUGGACUCGAUCUAUUCUACACGCGAGUAGCACCAUCAAAGACGUUCGAUCUCCUGAAGGAUGACUUCGACUACUACCUGAUCACCAUAGUCCUGGCGGCGCUCAUUGUCGCCACAUACAGCACCAAAUACUUCGCCUCGCGGAAAAUGCUCAAGCUAGCGUGGAAGUGA